AUAUACACUGUAAUGUAUAUAAUGUAUACAAGGCCUUCUCUGUUUUUGAUGUAACAUUACAGUGCAACAUCAGUUCUAGCAUAUGUACUACAGCAUUUUGAGUCUUUUUGGGGGGUUUAUGUGGAUAGAGAUAUUUCCUGAAACAAUGUUAAGUAUUCACAGGAAGUUUUUCCAAAAUGAUUAUGUUACAUUUCAUUAUGUUUCCCUGUGAAUAUGGCCUAAAACAACCACACACAUUGUGUUAUUGGCUACCCUUGCAUUUGUGUUGCACAGUUUCUCAUUUCUGAUUGGAUAACAAUUUGCAACAGUACCUAAUAAAAGCUGAUGCACAUGGGUCCGAGAUAAUAAACAGAUGAACAUUCUUGGUUAUGAUAUGAACAAAUACAAUGUAACACAUAGAAAAAAGAAAAAUUGAACUGAUUAAUUGACUUUUCCAUAAUUUGCUGAUACUAGAAAUCCAAAUGCAUGGAUGCAGAAGUGGCUGCCAACAGGACGCAAGAUUCUACGCAGUGUGUCGGCCUCUGACCUACAGAACUAAAAUAAACCAUCGCAGUGUUGCGAUCAUGAUCCUGCUGAGCUGGGGUGUUUCUGUGCUGAUUGGGAUUGGUGUGAUGACUGCUGGGUUAAACAGUGAAGAAUGUGAGGACGGAUGUUUAAUCGAUCUCGUUACAACAAACACUAUUGGGGGUAUUUUGUCAUUUUACCUCCCAGUGAUUGUAAUGCUCUGCAUCUACCUGAAGAUUUUCAUAGUUGCACAGAGACAGGCUCGCAGCAUCCACAACACAAUCAGCCAGAGCACAAAGUCUGGAGCAACAGUCAGUAAGAUGGAGAGAAAGGCCACUAAGACUCUGGCUAUAGUCUUGGGAGUUUUUCUUCUGUGCUGGUUGCCUUUCUUUCUUUGGAUCACAGUUCAGCCUGUUGCAAACAAUGUAGUCCCUGUCCCUGUGAUUGAGACACUCAACUGGCUCACACUGUCAAAUUCAAUGCUGAAUCCAUUCAUCUAUGCUUUCUUUUACAGCUGGUUCAGAUCAGCUAUCAGAAUGAUCAUCUCUGGGAAAAUAUUUCAAGGUGAUUUUGCCAACUCUAAACUGUUUUGACCUGUUUUAACCACAAUGACACUUGCUCCCUGGCUUAAUAGAGGGUAUUAUAUCAUGUUUUGUAACAAAAUGUGAUGGAGAAACGUAACCCCAUCAAUAUAACCCUGACACAAUGAAUAUGAUUGAAUUUGUAAAGAAAUAGAUACAUUUCUUGGCGUGGACCUACAUCAUUUAUAUUUAUUAAAUUAUAAACUGUAUAAAUCACUAAGGGAUUCUGAAUGGGUGGUGUAGUGGUUAGCACUGUUGCCUUUGCAGCAAGAGCCCUGGU